AGCUCCUCAUCCUCUCUCGGUUCGCCGCCAUGAGCAGAGUGAAGGCGCUGAGCGGGGAUCCGCGGUAGCGCGUGCGUUAAGUGAAGCCGAUCUGCGGACAUUCCCGCGUGAGUAAAUGGGCUUGGAGGCUGAGCGGGCGGAAUGUAAAGGAUCCCGUGCAGGAUGGGAGGAAGAAGCUCCUGCGCCGCUGCCGUUCUGCUGCCGCCGCCGCCGCUGCUGCUGCUGUUGCUGCUCGCCUGCAUGUUCGCGCGUCCGGUCCGCGCCGACAGUCUAUCCGCCCCACUGAACGUAACCAUCAAGACCUUGGAGGGCAAUACGGCUGUGGUCACAUGGGACAUCCUCGAGGGAGAUCCGGUCAUCGGGUUCGCCAUCACACAGCAGAAGAAGGAUGUAAGAAUGAUGCGUUUCAUCCAGGAGGUGAACACUACCACACGCUCAUGUGCAUUAUGGGAUUUGGAGGCUGAUACUGAGUACAUUGUGCACGUGCAGUCCAUCAGCAUGAGUGGCACAAGCCCUCCCAGUGACCCCGUCCUCUUCCGGACGCCAAAAGAGUCUGAGAAAAUGGCCUCCAAAAGUCCUGAUGAAGUGACAAUGAAGGAGGUUGGCCAGGCUGCCCAGCUGAGGGCCGGAGAGCUGAUCAUCAUAGUAGUCGUUCUGAUCAUGUGGGCAGGUGUAAUAGCUCUCUUCUGCCGUCAGUAUGACAUCAUUAAAGACAACGAACCCAACAACAACAAGGACAAAGCCAAGAACUCGUCGGAGUGCAGCACCCCCGAGCACCCUACAGGGGGGCUACUGCGCAGCAAGGUCUAACCAACCACAGGCAAUAACAGGCUUCAGGCUCAGGACACUGCUGAGACACACCAGAAAGCCAUCAAAUGACAUUAUUAUGAAACAAGAGUGCCCAUCUUCAUCUGAAAGGACUCUUUAAUACCGCAUCCUAUCAAGAAAUACGGACCCCUUGGUGCUUGUCUACGCAGCAUAAAAAACACAAUGACACACUCGAGCACAUUUGACAAGUACACUUGAGCACAUCUGAAGGCCGAAAGUGAAAAGACCUGAGAAUGGAAAAGUGCAUGACUGGGCGUUCCCUGGGGUCUGGCAUCCGAACAGAGACGUUCCCUAUGCUCUGAGAAGAGAGCGCUAGGAAUCCCAGGACACUCUGCUUCCAGCGCCACCCCGCACAGAUAAGCGAAAUGUGUCAUCGCCGUUGAGGGAAGACGAUAAUAAACCAGAGUCGUGCUAUGAAUGAAGGGGAACAAUUUUUUUUUCUUUUUUCCCCCUCCAAGCAUUCUCUUCUUAUCAGUGCUGAAACAGGAUCAUACGUGGAGGAAGGGGAUAAACUGAAGCUAUUUCCCAUAUCUCUCCGUCUUUCUCUCUGCAUAUUUGCUUUAUUAUUAUUUUUUAUC